AUGUGGGCGGGACGUACCGAUGGCAGUGACGAACUCGCCUGGAACACCGUGCUCCAGGAAAUCCGGAGACUCCUAAGGGAGCAUUCAUCAUACGACGUUAUGGACCUUCUCGCAGCAACCCAGUCUUUAGUCCUGUUACUAAUCAUCAUUCUCUUUGACACUAAACACAGUUCAGCAUUGGAGCAUCCGGCAGACGCGCAACUUCUCAUCGACGCUUGGGAUAUGAAACACAGCCUUGCAGAAUGGGCCUGGUCACUUCUGCACGGCUACCCGAUUCUCACCUGUUUCGAGCUCGGGCCGCUUCCCGCACCUGCGGCCGGUUAUCUUUGGCAAGAAACCAAGGAAGAUCAAUGGCAUGCACGGUAUCGUCUGUGGAUACGGCAAUGGCAGAGCGGUAGUUACAAAAUGGCCGAGUUCUUUCACAUCGACCCGAGUGGCGAGCUGGACGCCAGGACAGAAAUGUGGCUCGCAGAGGUGGAUGACUUUGGGAUGAUGCUCAUGGCAGAAGAUGGGAAGGAGAUCGACGUACACUGGGAUGAUUAUUCUUCACUCUUGAUCGCCAAACCACUCAAGUUUCAGUUCGAUACCCUUCUGAGGCACGAGAAGAAGAAGGGUUUGGUGCAGGCAAUGUUUGAAGCGGCCAAGGACGAAGAAGAUCACGGUUUGCUGGCUACCAUAUGGAAGGAUGGAACUGUGGACGCGGCGAGCGGCUGCGAUAUUGUAGUCACUGCCAGGGAGAUUUCGCCAGACUCUAGCCAAAGGACACGUCAGGCCUGA